UUCGAUUCAUGUUCUUAGAGAACACCCAUCUUCAAAGGACUAUUGACUACAGACACCACAAGAGCAAUAUCCAAGGCAAAAAGUGGCUAGGGGGCGGAGAGGAAGCUGAAACAUUUGCUUCUUGAGCUCUGCGGAGAGAAAACAAGCAACUAUGGCUGACCAAAGAGAAUGGUUUAAAGGCGAAAGUUCCAGAGGCUAUAACUACACAUAUUGUGAAGGGGAGCAUGUGAGUUUAACUGAGCUAAAAAAUGACAACAAAUUCCUGAAAACCUCUAAUAACGGCUACCUAAGGAACAAAAACAUUCCCGAUUACCCUGAAUAUGUCUUCAGUGGGUCCGAAGUCUGCCAUGUAACUGAUAAGCGUGGUCUUGAGGGAAUCUUUAGUGAUGGAGGAUUCAAAGCAAAUGGUAGCUUUCUGUGGUGGAGCCUUUCAGUGCCUGAUUAUUAUCUCUCUAAGGAAACCACAUCACCUGCAUUCCAGGAUGAAUCCCGUUAUGGCAACUUCCGCUUUACUUUACCUCUAAGAGAGCUCCUGAAUCUAUACCGCAAGCAAUAUCGUGACAGUAAUGCGCCGGUUCUACGUGUAUUAGACACCCAGGUCUACAAGCAAGAGAUUCUCUAUUCAAUUUUGGUGCAUCCACGAUACAUGAGGCAUUACAGGAAAUACCCUAAUCUACCCUUUGAUGAUGAAUCAGUGUGUGGGUAUAGAAAAGGGAGCUGGUUCUGGCGCUGCCAGUCUCCUUCCAAUAAAUAUUUUGUAUGGGAUCAUGUAGGGGUGGCCUUCCAUAUGAAGCCAGGUCAAAUAUUGAAUGUGGAUCCUGAUCGUCUAGCUGACAGCUUGAGUGCAUGUGAGGUUGCUUCAAAGAAUCUCUUAAGAGAGCCAAAGAGAGCCAUUACUCUCCCUGAGGCUGAGAAAAUAGUAGACUAUUACAAAUAAGGGUAUUUUUAAUCAGAAGUGGCUGGUCUCUUUUUUUUAUUAUACUUUCACAAGUUUUUAUAAUUCAUCCAAUUCACCCAGACGACAUCAGCAAUGCCCGAAUGAAAUUAUUAUGAUACAAGACUGUUAAAUUCUAAAUUCUGACUGGUCAACCUUUGAUGAUUUUACUUUUAAAUAACAGCAACUCUGAGAGUUGUGUAGGCUGCAAUUUCAAAGACUAUAUAUUAAUACAAUCAAUAAUUUUUUAUACUGUUACAAUUUUGCAUAAUACAUAUCAUUUCUUAUGUGGUGAAUCAUUCUUCAAGUUGUUUAUUCAACAUUUAUAGAAGGAGUGUUUAGUGUCAGCUCUGUUAUAAUGUUAUGUUUCAAGUUUUCUUGCCUCAGACAAUAUGACAGAGGACA